AUUAGCCACAACUCGGGCGGGCAUCAAAAUUCAAAGUUUGAGCCUUUUCCCAGUUUCGGCAGUACUCGAUACAACCUACAGAAAGACACACUUAGUCCCUACAACGUUUGACAAAGCAUUUCCCCCCAAAAAAACAAAAUACACCCAGCAAAGCGCAGGCAACUUUAAAAGCCAACGAAGGAUACGAUUACAGGAUGUCGGAAGCUGGAGAAAACUCUGAUGAGGAGUACUAUGCAGAGGAGUCAUUCGAGGAGGACUCGCAGUCGGAAGUGGAGGAGCAGGAGGUUGAGGAGGUGGAAGAGGUUGAGGAGGAGGAGGAGGACGAGGCCGAGGAAGAUGAGAACGCUGAACUGGCGGAGCCCAAUCAAAACGAAGCUCUUUUGCUGGAGGAGAGCGACACGCAGAGCGAAAGCGAUGCGGAAGCCGAGUUCAUUCGCGGAAACCCACAUGCCCGUCGCCAAAUGGCCGGUCGAUCCUCCGGCGGUUUUAGCCGCGAUCGAAUGGUCUCCUACCUGAGCUCCUCCUCCGAGGACGAAAGCCAGGUGGUCAUCACGAAGACGGUGGCCGAGGUUAAUCAACUUAGUCUGCGACUGGACACGCCUGUGGAGGAUGAUGCGCCCUCGGUGCGCACUCUGGUACCAGACAGUGCCCAUUCCCGGACUAAGGAUGACGUCGAAGACGAGGAUGACGAGGUAGAGGAAGUCGAAGAGGAGGAGGAAAUCCAAAGCGGCGAGGAGGAUGCCCAAAGUGAUGGAACGGCGGAGUCAAACGAUGGUCGCCAAUCCGCCGAAGAACCCGAUGAUGAUGAGGAUGAGGCCACGGAUGUAGAGGUCGAUCAGCUCGAGGAGGAUGAGCCCAUAGCCACGGCUGUUUGCAAAGAGAAGGUCCAGGAGAAGAUCCCGGUGCCGCUGCAGGACAUUGUCUCCCUGGUGGAUGCCAGCGACAACAGCAGCGAGCACAGUGUGGCCACCAUGUGCAUGGCAGGAGACGAAACAGACGUCACCCUGGAGGAUUCCCCUCGCUUCCAAAAGCAGCAAACAGUAAAGGAAACUGUGAUAGAAGAGGAGGAGCCUGAGGAGGAUCUACUCGAGGGUCAUUUAAAAAAUCUUAGUGAUCUUCUAAGCAACGAGAGUCCCUCGCCAACUCAGCAACCAGAUAUGGCGAGAGUUCGGUACCUGGAGCAGCAGAUGACCCAGAUGUCGGAGAUCAUUAUGAAGUCCUUUCAGAUUAACGGAGGAGCGCCCAAUAGCCAGGCUUUCGAGCAGCUAGCCCUGGCCAAGGAUCUAAUGCAAAAGCGCAGUCUCAGGCUUGAGGAAACGGAGUCCGAGAUGGCAUCCAUGACGGAAUCGGCGAUGACCAGUGCCCGGAGCCUGGGUGGAGGAAGACCCCCGGUUAGGAUCCGUAUGCAGCGUUCCCAAGAGGCCCUAAUCACGACGCGACCGUCCAAGUUGAUCAGGCCCAAGUGCCGGUGCCCCUCGGUAUCGGAGUUGCUCGAGCAGGAUCAGGAACUGCAGAUGGGUCAUCAGUUCGCUCAGGAGUUGGACCCUGGUCUGCAACCGAACAUAGGCAUGGGCAUGGGUAUCGACGAGGAGUACCUUGUGGACGAAUGCGGUCAGGGAGAUGGACUCAUGAGGCAUCCACAGCAGCGCAGACCAGCGGAGUACAAAAGGCGAGCAGCAAGCGGCACUCCAAGUAGCUUUAACAGCGACGGACGCGAGUAUCCUAUCAAUGUGUCCCGUUCACGCUGCUCCACCGACAAGGUUAACUACAAAAACCUGGGCCGCAAGAGCUUUAGUUUUACGAAUCCCCAAGUGCGUGAGAUCGAGCGCCAGAAUCAAAUCCUACUCCGAAAGAUGAUGACUGUGAAGCCCACGGCCACGAUCAAAGCGAGCACCAGUAGCCUAAAGAUCGGCAGUUCUGAGAAGCAGCGUCAGCCACCGCCUGCGCCACGUCUCUCCAGUGCUGCAGUCAAUCGGAAGAAGUUCCAGCGCCAGAUCGACUUGGAUAACGAUGUGCUCAAGCGGAAACUAGAGGCCAUCGGCACCCGGCGACCGCAAUUCAAAUGACGCCUCCACGGGCAGCUCCAACUGUGUUCAUUAUGUGUUUAGAUAUGUUUAAUGCGAAUUUACAAAAUUAAAAUUUAUUGCAAGUUGAGAAAUGUAGAAAA